UGGGCGGCGCCCUACGACACGUGACAGCUGACGUCACAGCGGGUGCCAUGCUGCAGCUCCUGAGACGCACAGCGCUGUUGUGUCUGGUGGCGAACAGAGGACUAGUCAGAAGCAUGUGUGCUCAGGUGGGAGACCCGAAAAGCGCCAAGUCCAUCUACGAGUUCUCGGCCAAGGAUAUCGAUGGCAAUGAGGUGUCUCUUGAAAAAUACAGAGGGUUUGUAUGCAUCAUUGUAAAUGUUGCCUCCAAAUGAGGAAAGACCGAAAUAAACUACACUCAGCUAGUGAAGAUGCACGCUUCCUACGCUGAGAAAGGUUUACGAAUCCUGGGCUUCCCCUGCAACCAGUUUGGAGGACAGGAGCCAGGGACUGAGUCAGAGAUUAAAGAGUUUGCCAGAGGUUACAAUGUAGAGUUUGAUCUCUUCAGUAAGAUUGAUGUGAAUGGAGACAAUGUUCACCCUCUGUGGAAGUGGAUGAAGGCACAGCCCAAAGGCAAGGGAUUCUUGGGAAAUAACAUCAAAUGGAACUUCACCAAGUUUCUUAUAAACAAAGAAGGACAAGUGGUGAAGCGAUACGGCACAAUGGAUAAUCCCGAUGUGGUGGAGAAAGACCUCCCCUCUUACCUAUAAUAUGACUUCGUCUUCGUUUGACCCUUGACCUCUUCCAUGGACAUAAGGGUAUUUGUGUGUGUGUGGGUGUCUGGACCAGUGACGGCUUGUCUGUAAACCCAACAUUGGGGAGGGCAAGCCUGAUGAUCCCCAGCGUGCAACUGACCUACCAGAACUCACCCACACCAAACCCUGUAAGACCAUGUGAGAGGACAGUUUCAACAGUUAUCAGAGUAGAGAAACUUCACAUUUUACUUCAGCCUUAAAACAGCCGUUCCUUUGUCUCACACAAACACCAUCUUAUCCUUUCUGAAUGUUAGUUUACAAGCUUGUGCAUGUUUCAAUGUCAGUUUAAAGUAAGUAUAUAAGAUGCCAUAAGUUUCACAUAUUUCUGAAAUACUACUGAUAAUAUUGUUCGCACUUAAGUUAUGAAAGAGCCCAUUAUUGUACCAUUAGAAUCUGUUUAAUUUGGAAAAUAAAUGCUGUGUGAAUGGUU